CCACAGCACAAGAACUGGAUCCAGUGAACAGGCGAACAGGCAGCCCAUUUCCUAAAGCCACUGAGAACUUUGUGAAGUGAAGACCAAAUGAUGCCUUCUUUAUGGUUUGGUGGAGAAAUCACAGGUUCUGGCUCUCAUCACCCAAAGUUUAAAGAACCUGAAAGAGAACCAUCAGACACCCAACGACAUCAGAAUGAGCGACAACACUACUUUGGCUCCUCCAGCUUCAAACCAGGGUCCCACUACCCCACGCAAGGGGCCCCCCAAGUUUAAGCAGAGACAGACUCGCCAAUUCAAGAGCAAGCCUCCUAAGAAAGGUGUUAAAGGGUUUGGAGAUGACAUUCCAGGCAUGGAGGGGCUAGGAACAGACAUCACGGUGAUUUGUCCCUGGGAGGCGUUCAGUCACUUGGAACUGCACGAGCUUGCUCAGUUUGGGAUCAUCUGAGGCACCAGAGGUUCUGCCGUUCUCAACAGCAGCUGCUGUAGUUUUGAUUCCUUUUGCCCUAUUGAUCUGCCAGAGUCUUGAAAUUCAGCUGUUAGGAAGUGGUUUCUUCCGCUGACACAGUCAUUUCCCCUAAACUGCUGCGAAGAGCUCUCAGCGUCAGACCCUCUCCUGCCAUAUAGUUCAGCUCAGAAUAGUGGAUGCAGACUGACUUGCUCGGUCAUUUCAAACUUGACCACCUUUUCUUAUCAGCUGCUUAGAAUUCAUUGAUAGUUCUCUAAAUGUUGUUUAUUUGUGAAGUCCUUCAAAUCUAUUUGAAGGCAUUCCCUGCAGUUAGUAGCAGCUUUUAAAGAUAACAUUUAUGUCACUCCCUUCCCCUUUUCAU